CCGCCUGCAGCCGCAGUGACAGGCGAGCCGGGCCCGGUGGCGGAUAGGAAGUGCGGGGCCGCCGCGCCGAGCCCGUCCCCGCCGAGGCCGGCUCCCCCGGGCGGCUCGGGUGACAGUCUCGCGGCCGCCGGGCGCAGGGCGGGGCACGCGCCGGGCAGAGCCGAGCGCCAGGCGGACGCUUCAGCAGAGACGUGGGGAAAAUGGCUGAUGACUUUGGCUUCUUCUCGUCGACGGAGAGCGGGGCCCCCGAGGCGGCCGAGGAGGACCCGGCGGCUGCCUUCCUGGCCCAGCAGGAGAGUGAAAUCGCGGGCAUAGAGAAUGACGAGGGCUUCGGGGCACCUGCUGGCGGCCAGGCGGCCCUCGCGCAGCCGGGACCCGCGAGUGGGGCGAGUUCUGAGGACAUGGGGACCACAGUCAAUGGAGAUGUGUAUCAGGAGGCUAACGGUCCAGCUGAUGGCUACGCUGCAAUUGCCCAGGUCGACAGGCUGACGCAGGAACCCGAGAGCAUCCGCAAAUGGAGAGAGGAGCAGCGGAAACGGCUGCAAGAGCUGGAUGCUGCCUCCAAAGUGAUGGAACAGGAGUGGCGGGAGAAGGCCAAGAAGGACCUGGAGGAAUGGAACCAGCGCCAGAGUGAACAAGUUGAGAAGAACAAGAUCAACAACCGGGCAUCUGAGGAGGCUUUUGUGAAGGAAUCCAAGGAGGAGACCCCAGGCACAGAGUGGGAGAAGGUGGCCCAGCUGUGUGACUUCAACCCCAAGAGCAGCAAGCAGUGCAAAGACGUGUCCCGCCUGCGCUCGGUGCUCAUGUCCCUGAAGCAGACGCCGCUGUCCCGCUAGGAGCCUGCCACCAACAUGGCCGCCAAACAGGGGCCGGGCCGGGCAGAGGAGGAGCAGCUGCUUUGGCCAGGGGGGAAAUGCCUCUAGCAGCUGCUACACAGCCUAUUCCGUUCCUCGCCAUCUCCCGGGGCCGGGAAGGGGAACCCUCACCCCUCUCAACUGUCAUUCCCUCACGGCCCUACGGCCCAGCCCCUCACAUCUCCUCUCGGUCCACAAAAUUGUGACUGUCCCUCCUGAUGUAUUUUUUUUUCUUGGCUUAAAGGGUGUGUUGUUAA